AUGUCUUCGUCGGCGAGCCGAGCCGCCGUGAGCACUCCCGUCAGAUCGACGCCACAAAAGCCAACCCCUAUUGUCGACAGUCCCGGUACAUGGAGACACCCACGCCUGAACGAGAUCACGAGACGGCGGAAUGCAACGACCUUUUCCGAGAAGAACGUGAGAAGAAUAGCGCUGAAUAUUGGCUUCCUCGUUAGCCUGUGGCUGUCCCAGAUCUUGUCUCGUUCAUAUGUUCCCGCACAAUGGUUCAGUAGCUCCCUGCGGUCGUAUCUAGGAUGGGCAUACUAUCUAAUUCAGCUCAUCCCACUGGUCAACAUUGGCAUGGCUAUGCUACCUCUCCUCCGAUCCGCCGAUGAUCUGUCCGACAUUCCCUUGACGCCCGCUCAGCGUCAACUUCUCGGAUUGCCGCCCAGUUCUGCAGCAGCCACACCCGAUGCUGUCUACAGUACCCCGCCACGUUACUCGCGGACACCGUCUCUGGCAGGCUCACCGGCGAGCAAUCGGAGCUUCUCUGGCUCCCCGCUUUCCGGCAGAGGCAGCCCGGCUCUUGGGAGCUCUUUCAAUGGAAACGGACAGUCCUAUUCUCCGUCCCCCCUUCACAACAGCCCCUCCAAGUUUUCGGCCAGUCUGAACAGCAACCGGAGGUCAUCCUUCGGCUCUUCGACGAACUUGGGAGCGAGCACUGCUUCUUCCCUCUUCCCUGAUCCAGGAACGCCGAGCCCCUCUACCGGAAAGCGCACCAGCGUGGGACUUAACAACAAGUGGCUAUACGAGAGAGGCAGGAGAUCUUCAGGCGGCAACUGGAUGCACUAG